UUAUCCUCAGACUCGGAGCAGCGCUCCUUCGUCCUCGCCAAGUGAUGCUCCUCGUCUGCCCGCAUCACCUACAUCACUGGUUUAUCACAGCCCUGCUCCGGCUCGUUUUGUUUUUUCUUUUCUCUACUGAAAACAAGCACUGAAGAACGAGUGAUGGGAAUUUAACCAGGCUUCCGUGAGAGAGCAAGAGAGCUGGAGGAGGGUAGGAGGACGAAGAAGCACGCAAGUCCCAUCAGAGAGAAGAGGAGGGGGAAGAGGAGGAGUAGUGGGGCACCGGAGAGACGGUCCCGCCGGGACAGGGGGGAGAGCGGCGGAGGAUUGUGUGCUUUACAUAGUUUGCAAUGGACUCAACACGCUGCUGUGUGCGGGCGGGUUGUUGGGAAUCAGCUCAGUGGAUGUAAGGGAAGAGCUUCUUGGAGUUGCGGUCGGCCGUUCUUCGCCUUUCCGUUUGCGAUGGAGUGAGAAAGACCGCGCGCACGGCAACUUCAUACCAGCCAUGAAAUCUGUGUUUUUCAGCCGUUUCUUCAUCCUGCUGCCCUGGGUCCUCAUCGUCAUCAUUAUGAUUGAUAUCGACAGUAAAAGAACGAUCCGGGCUCCAGCAGCCGGUCGGACCGGCAAGACGCAGCGAGCCGUCCGAAACGGCGCACCGGGGAUUGGUGGCUCUCAGAACCAGUCCGCCCUGCCGAUUAUCUACGCCAUCACUCCCACUUACAACCGUCCUGUGCAGAAAGCGGAGCUCACCCGACUGUCCCACGCCUUCCGUCAGGUGCCCCGCUUCCACUGGAUCGUAGUGGAGGACUCGACUGCGCGCACGGAGCUGGUUGCGCGGUUCUUGGCCCGGUGCGGGGUGCCGUAUACCCACCUACAUGUGUUCACUCCCCGGAGGUUCAAGCGCGCCGGGAUGCCACGCGCCACCGAACAGAGGAAUGCGGCUCUGACUUGGCUCCGGCAGCACCGGAGCAGGCGGGACUCCGGUGUGGUUUUCUUCGCGGAUGAUGACAACACGUACAGCCUGGAGCUGUUUGAGGAGAUGCGUAGUACUCGAGGUGUAUCCAUUUGGCCUGUGGGAUUUGUGGGUGGCAGAGCAUAUGAGCGCCCCCUGGUGUCUGGGGGUAAAGUUGUGGGCUGGUACACUGGCUGGAGGCCAGACCGACCUUUUGCCACCGACAUGGCAGGUUUUGCAGUGAAUCUCCAGGUGAUCCUGGCAAACCCGCGGGCACAGUUCAAACGGCGAGGCUCCCAGCCGGGGAUGCAGGAAUCCGACUUCCUCAAGCAGAUCACCAAGGUCACCGACUUGGAGCCCAAGGCGAACAACUGCACACGGGUGCUGGUUUGGCACACUCGCACAGAGAAACCACAUCUCGCAAACGAGCCCAAACAUCGAAAGGACACCGUCGCCAUCGAGGUGUGAUCGGGGCUGCCCGUCAUCUCUUGGCUGAGACUUCUAGCAGCACUCUGUUUUCCUCUGCCUUUCGGGUUAAUACAAUCUGCUGGUGAUGGACAGAGUCUCUGAGGAGCUGCAUGAUUCAAGACUCCUUGCUGUCUUUCAAACAUGCUCUGUGAGAACUGGAUAGCACCAAAUACCUUUUACAAACUGGAAUGACCUAGACUGUUCAUUUCCUCGCAUCCACAGCCUGCUGAUGUAAAAAGUAAAUGUUACUAGAAAUGUAACAUAUCGUGUUGCUGAACUGAAAAGUGCCAUGUGAGACGCAUCGAAUCAUUGAUAUGUUUUUUUUAAUUAACAAUUCUGUGUCCUAAUUAAAACCAUGAAAUUGUGAUAGAAUUGCUAAAAGAAGAAAAGGCUUGUGUGCCGGAUGUGAGGCAUACUGCUAAGGUUUCCUAGUGUUAAAGGAAUGUUUAACAUUUUUGUAGGGAUGCACUGAUACCAACACCAGUAUUGUUUACCUGUUUGAUACUGUGUUCAUGUAGCUACUCUGAUAACAGCUGUCACACAAUGCUAACCUCUCCUUUAGGAGUUGGCUCUCCCACUAGUUUGUGAAGUCCUGUUCCUAAAACUUUGAGUUCGGUGUUAUGACUGUCAUCAGCAUUUUUGAAACCAGACAUCACAAGCACAGCUGUGAAACUGAAGGACACUACAUGUUUAUAGGGUAGCUGCUUUUCAGUCCGCAAGUAAGCCCACCCUAAAGCUUAUUCUACUUUAUUGUUCUUGUGGACACUUAUUGGGACUAAAAUUUGCAAAAUAAGAAUUGUGUUGUGUUCAUUAGGAUUUAAAAUGUGUGAUUGAGAUCAUAAACUCAUUAGGAACGUUGUUACUGUGGAUUAAUGCCACAGGGCGAGAGGAAGAGGACACCCUUGGUAGUCUAUUGAAGACUCAAUUAGAAACAGCAACAGAGGCAGCAAGACAACAUACCCAGUCACUGCCCAAAGUCUGCAAAUCCAAAUGAUAUUAGAUGGCCUUAAAAGGAACAUCAAUUUGAUGAUACGGAGCCAACUGAGCAUUCAUGUUACAGGAAACAUUUAUUUGAAUUCUGUAAUUAAGCAUCUCUGUUCUUAGUAUUGGCAAGUACCCUAAUGUAAGUUUGAUUAAAAAAAAAAAAAAAAGAAGGUAUUUCUGGAUCCCUACAGUUUUGGAAACAUGAUUGUUUACUGGUACCAAUUUCACACCCAUGCCAAAAACUGGUAUCAGAAGGCUUUUAACAUAAAAUUAGCUUAGCGUGAAGACUGGAAGGUAAAAUAUAAUUAUUUUAAAAAAUAAACCCAGUAAUGAUUCCAAACACCUCCACACAUCCUGUGUUGAAUUUUUGCUCAUUGUUAGCUAAACAGAGCAGAAACGGCUAAUCUGAUCCUUUAAGGCAUAGCUGUCAAACUCUGGCCCGCGGGCCAAAUUUGGCCCGCACCCUAAUUACAUUUGCCCUGCGAGGCCAUACCAAAUUACUAUUAGAGCUGGCCAACUGGUAUUAUACAGCUAAUAUAUAUAUC